AUGGUCGAUAAAGAGCCUCGGGCUGUUGAAGCCACUCAAACCGCAGAUGGUAUCACAACCAUCACCAUCUCUCGACCACAUCGGAAGAAUGCAGUAGACGGAGCCACUGCCAGGAAGCUUGCCGAAGCCGUCUUGGCCUUUGAAAAUGAUGAAACGCAGAAAGUCUGCAUUCUUUAUGGUGAUCACGGUACCUUUUGUGCUGGUUUUGAUCUCCAUGAAGUCGCAAAGUACAACUCGGGCGAAGAGUCUGCAGGGUAUCGAGGCCCAACCGUGGAUCCCGCACAUGAAGUUAACGGCCGAAAUAAUGGUCCGAUGGGUCCUUCGAGAAUGCAGGUCAAGAAACCUGUUAUCAGUGCAGUCUCAGGAUACGCUGUGGCUGGUGGGCUGGAACUAUCACUCAUAGGCGACAUACGCAUCGCUGAGGAGGAUGCUAUCUUUGGCGUAUUUUGCCGCCGAUUCGGCGUGCCACUUAUCGACGGCGGCACUGUUCGACUCCAAGCUAUAAUUGGUCUGGGCCGAGCCAUGGAUAUGAUUCUUACAGGUCGAGCCGUAAAGGCUGACGAGGCACUGCAGUUUGGCCUUGCCAAUCGAGUUGUCCCCAAGGGUCAAGCAUUGACAGAAGCGACAAAAAUUGCAAAACAGCUUUUGAAAUUUCCCCAGGAGUGUAUGAAUGUUGAUCGAUCUAGCUGUUACUACUCCGUAUACAAUGCUACCUCGUUUCAGGAUGCGCUGAGGAAUGAGUAUGAGAAUGGCGUCAAGGUCAUUAAUACGGAGAGUGUCAAGGGUGCUGCGGCUUUCAGUAGCGGGGUAGGAAGACAUGGAGUUUUUGAAACACCCAAGUUAUGA